AUGACAUCUGAGAAGAAGUACGAUGCCAAAAAAGCAGCUUGUUGGGGUGCUCUGGAUUGGCUAAUCGGAAAAGAUCGUUCGACUCCACUGGUGGAUCUUCUUAUGAGAGUAAAUAGUGACAUGAAUGAGAACCUCAGUCGCUCCUUUUUUAAAGCUCUUCAGUCUAAUGGCAAUUACCUCCGAAUUCAGGCUGCAGCAGAAGUCAAUCCUGAAUAUGGUGGAUCAAAGGGUGUGUUGGCCAAGCUAGCCAUUGACAAGCUGAAGGACUCUAAAGAGAGUGAUGAAAGUAUGCCUAUUGAGGGAGAGGCAAUAGAAGAUUUCAGUAUCAAAUCCAAGUCUGAACGCAAAAUGGAAUCUAGUGGCAAUAAAAGCUGGGACAGGGACAGGGAGAGAGGUAAGGAGACAGAGACAGGGAUAGAAUGA